AUGGCAAGACAAUCGAGAGAACGCGCAGCCCUGGACGCCCAGUCUACAGAGAACCAGAUGGGGCUCCUGACCGUUAAGGUGGAGGAGGAGGAGCCUCCCACCUUUGCCGAAGAGAUCCUUUUGCCCUGUAGCCCUGCACCCGGGUCGGAGCGCUCCCGCCAGCGCUUCCGGGGCUUCCGCUACGCAGAGGCUGCGGGGCCCCGAGAGGCGCUGAACCGCCUCCAGGACCUCUGCCGGCAGUGGCUGCGGCCUGAGAUGCACAGCAAGGAGCAGAUCCUGGAUCUGCUGGUCCUGGAGCAGUUCCUGACCAUUCUGCCGGGGGCGCUGCAGAGCUGGGUGCGGGAGCAGGAUCCGGAGAGCGGGGAGGAGGUGGUGAUUCUGUUGGAGUAUUUGGAGAGACAACUGGAGGAGCCAAAGCCGCAGGUCACAACUAGCAACCCUGGGCGAGAGUUGCUCAAUCGUAAAACAGCAAGGUUGACAAGAGCCCGUGGAUCACAAAGUAGCCAAUUCCAGCCAGUGAAGGUUCUGCCCAAGCAUGAAUCUCUGGGAUUUAAGCCCUCACAAGGCAGAGUUCUUCAGGUUUCCGAUUUUGCCCAGGGCGGAAGCUGCAGAGAAGACACAGCAGUAACUGCCAGGCUCAUCCCAGAGUCCCAGGGGGUGCUGCAAGUAGAAGAUGUGACUAUGACCGUUUCCCCUGGUUGGACACAGCUGGACCCAUCUCAGGUGAACCUCUACAGAGACAAGAGGCAGGAGACCUGUGACAGCCUCAUUUCCCUGGGUGGUGAAAUCUGCACUAAGAUCAGGGACUUGUCUCCUGAUGAGGAACUUCUGGUACAAGAGCCCGGGGAUUUCUCAUACCACUUGAGUGAAGGCAUUGCCCAGAUUCCUCCAUGUGCAGAAGCGGAUGAGCAUGAGGGCUGGUUACACAGACCACAGAAUAACUUCAUAGGAAGCAGGCGGCACUGUUGCCGAGAAUGUGGAAAGAAUUUUGCUCAGAGUUCAGGCCUGACUAAACACAGGAGAAUCCACACUGGGGAGAAGCCCUAUGAAUGUGAAGACUGUGGUAAGACUUUCAUCGGAAGCUCUGCCCUUGUCAUUCACCAGAGAGUCCACACUGGUGAGAAGCCAUAUGAGUGUGAAGAAUGUGGCAAGGUCUUCAGUCACAGUUCAAACCUUAUCAAACACCAGAGAACCCACACUGGGGAGAAACCCUAUGAGUGUGACCACUGUGGCAAGUCAUUCAGCCAGAGCUGCAGCCUCCUUGAACAUCAUAAAAUCCACACUGGGGAGAAGCCCUACCAUUGCAACAUGUGUGGCAAAGCCUUUAGAAGGAAUUCACAUCUUCUGAGACAUCAGAGGGUCCAUGCUGGGAAUAAAAACACUCAAGAUAAUGGCAAUGGUGAGACCUGGGAAGGUCCAGGUAGAAUGGAGAGCCAGUGGGAAAAUGAAGCUGCUUCAUCUUUCAAAUGUAAUGAGUGUGACAGAAGUUUCACUCAGAACAGAAGCCUUACUGAACAUAAAAAAAUUCACACUGGUGAGAAACCCUAUCAGUGUGAUGCAUGUGGAAAAGGCUUCACCCGCACUUCAUACCUUGUUCAACACCAAAGAAGCCAUGUUGGGAAAAGAAUUCUAUCACAGUGA